UCCUUGCCCUGGCUGCUGUCCGUUUGGAUAAAGAGCCCUUCAGACAAGCGGGAAAGCGCGUGACUCCUUGUGGCAAUCCUGUGAGAACAAACGCGCGCCCUUUAUAAACGCGUGCGCGUGCUCGUUGUGUGGUUGUUGUACAAAUGGUGUUUAGAUGAGGCGCGCUCCGGCCGAGGCGUGACAACGGAGGCGCGUUCACGUAUUCGCCACCGGCUCCUGUGCGGCGCUGAGAGAGCAUCACCAAAACACUGGCACGCAGCUUCCUCUGCUGGGAUAUCGAGAGAGGACGGCAGGGAAUUUAGAGGUUAAAUUAGAAACAACAACAGGAGCGGACAGGGUGCGCGCAAAGGAGCGCAGGAGAGACGUGCAUCCAUCCUCGCAGCAGCAGCAGCAGCAGCAGCAGUAGUAGUAACAGGAGCAGGAUUUUCCUUAUCGGUUGCCCGGUGCGUCCACACACCCUGUGCCUUUGAGCCAGCAGCGGGGAGGUGAGGAGGACCAGAGAGGAGGCGCAGAGAGGCGGAGGACCAUGGAGGGGAUGCAGGCAUACGGAGCCGGGAAAGCCGGAGGAGCCUUCGACCCCGUCACCUUCUUCCAGCAGCCUCAGACCAUUCUCCGCAUAGUGUCUUGGCUCUUCUCCAUUGUGAUCUUUGGUUGCAUCGCCAAUGAGGGCUACAUCAACCGCCCCAAUGAAGUAGAGGAGUACUGCAUCUUCAACCGCAACCAGAACGCCUGUAAUUAUGGCGUCUUUAUGGGCUCCAUGGCCUUCCUCUGCUGCAUCGCCUUCCUGGCUCUGGAUGUCUAUUUCCCCCAGAUUAGCAGCGUCAAAGACCGCAAGAAGGCUGUGCUGGCUGAUAUCGGGGUGUCAGCAUUCUGGUCCUUCAUGUGGUUUGUGGGUUUCUGUUUCUUGGCCAACCAGUGGCAGGUGACCAAGCAUGACGACAACCCACUAAGGGAGGGAGGAGACGCUGCCCGAGCAGCUAUCACCUUCUCCUUCUUCUCCAUCUUCACCUGGGCGGGCCAGUCCUUCCUGGGUUUCCAGAGGUACAAGCUGGGGGCCGACUCAGCCCUCUUCUCCCAGGAAUACACGGACCCCAGCCAGGACGCAGCCGGAGCCCCCUACACCUCCUUCGGUGGGGACGACCUGGAGAGCCCAGGGGGAGGAGGGGGCCAGGCUAACAGCGAUGGGGCCUUCGACGGCACCGGAGGCUACCAGCGCCAGGACUACUGAGAUAUUGGGGGUAGAGGAUCUGGGUGAAGUUGCCCAUAGUUUCUAAUUUAGAGUGGGGUUUGAAUUGUUUCUAUCAUUAUUUACACUCAACAUUUAGCUGGUAAUCUUAAGCCAAUGUGACCUAUAGAAUUUCAGUCAUCAUAGGAGAUUUUAUACCCGUGACAUUUCAGUUAUUGGACUGAUUGUCAUCUGUUUAUGAAGGUAAAAUUAAUCUCUAGGUCAGAAAUUUGGGCAACUUUCCAGAUUUGGGGAAAGACAGGUAACAGCUAGGAGUGAGACAAGAUGUCACCAAGGUAUGAGCUUGCUACUAGAACAAUAGAAGGGGGCUUUGGAGAUUGACGGGAAGGGGUUUUGGGAUACAGAGACCCCAGACUUCGGGUCUGGUUGGAGGUGUCAGGGAGGGUUUAAGGAGCAAACUGGGCGGGAAGAAUCGGGAGGUCAAGAGUUUGCAGAAAAGGUCACCAUGUAGCAGAUCAGUGCUCGUGACCACUUUGCCUUCAUCUUCUGAGGUCUGCUGUCAGUCAGCAAAAUGACUGCGAUCAGUGUUAGUUGAAACACCCUCAAACACACACACACACACUACAAACACACACAUGUAAGCACACAUUCACAGCAUAUCGAUUUCAAACAGAUACAACACGAGUUUCUGCUGACGAAUCUCCUUAGAGGUGCAUUACAGGAUAUCAGCGCAGACAAACAAGCAACAGUGCUAUAACUGGCAACUAAUCCCCUCAACCGUUUGUGUGUUUGUGUGUGUUGAAAGGUCUCCUUUGGGGUUUUUUUAUGUGUGGGUGUGGGGCGGUGUGUGUUUUCUUGUUUUCCAGAAGAACCCGCUUUUUCUUCCCUCGAUUGUUGCCUUAGUGCUGACUGCCAAGCAAAAUCCAAUGAACACAGGGCAACAUAUAUCCAAUACGCACAGUAUCACAGUUCUCUUUCGGCAUCUUUUGGACAAAAGUAUGGCUAAUUGUUUUGUUUUUGUCUUUAAACACGUAAAAACUCCGAACAAAACCAAGCAUUUGUCAUCAUCGUUGAGCAACCCAAAUUACACAAAAGUUUCAGUUUCAAGUCGGCAGGCCUACAGACAGAGAACUCACUUCACUGAAGAACUGCAGGUUAUUUAUCUAUUGUGUUUUUCACUUGUUUUCAACAAAUCUAUAGAUGAGGCAACCAUGAACAUCCUGAGGAUUUAUGUACAUGCAUUGCUUCAUUUUCUGAAAGAAUAAAGUAUAUCUAUCUCUCUAUAAAUAUAUGUAAAUCUAUAAUUCAGUAUAUUAGAGUGUUUGAAAAAAAAGAUUAUGCUUUAUUUUAGGGCAUUAUGCUAGUUCUGUAUAAAAAAGAAAAGACAAAAGAAAGAUCUAUGGUCUGUUGAGUGUUAUUGUGAUAAGAUAUAUGGUGAGGUCAUCACCAUGCCUCAUCCUUUAUGUUGCUUUCAGGGUAAGGAGAUGCUUUUAUUUUGGGAUAAUAAUACUAAUUAUAAACAAAUACAGCAACAAAAAUGUGACCAAAUUAUCAAAGUAUAUAUGCACAUAUAUACUUUAUACUGUAUUAUCCGUGUAGACGUAGAAACGUGUGAUGUUCCUCUGUGAAAUCCGUUCAAAAAGCAAAGUAAGAUUUAAGAAAAAGAUUGUGUACAAAUCUAUGUUUUUGAUGUGUUCGAUUUUAACCAAUAAAAAUAAAGAAAAUACUGAUAAAGA